AUGAGCGACGACCACGAAAGCUCCGACGCCUCGACUGCCCCUUCUCCUUCCACCACAGCCAGCUCCAGGAGCUUCUCCAAUCCGGCGCCCUCUCCAGAACAGAAAAGAAUCAAAAUGCAGCGAAAACAAUCUUCCCCGUUGGCUCCUGCCUUCAUGGUGUCCGCCCCUGGAAAGGUCAUUGUUUACGGAGAACAUGCGGUGGUCCACGGCAAGGCCGCAAUGGCCGCAGCCAUUUCCCUACGCUCAUAUCUUCUCGUCACUACUCUCAGCAAGUCGCAACGCACCAUCACAUUGAACUUCCGCGACACGGACCUGAACCACAGCUGGGAUAUCGAUCAAUUGCCCUGGGAUAUUUUCCACCACCCGUCAAAGAAGAAGUACUACUAUGAUCUCGUCACCACUCUCGACCCCGAACUCUACGAUGCGAUCCAACCCCACGUUGAAGAUAUCUCCCCAGACGCUCCCGAAGAGAUGCGCAAGAUACACAAGCGGUCCGCGAGCGCGUUCCUUUAUCUUUUCCUUUCCUUGGGCUCUCCGCAGAGCGCUGGAGCGAUUUACACCCUUCGAUCUACAAUCCCUAUCGGUGCUGGUCUAGGAAGCAGUGCUAGCGUCUGCGUGUGUAUGAGCGCUGCGCUACUCGUCCAGAUCCGCACUCUCGCCGGUCCUCACCCCGAUCAACCCCCAGAUGAAGCAGAAGUCCAGAUCGAGCGCAUUAAUCGGUGGGCAUUCGUUGGGGAGAUGUGCAUCCAUGGCAACCCCAGUGGGGUAGACAACACGGUGUCCGCGGGCGGAAAAGCCGUGAUUUUCAAACGUGGAGAUUAUUCCAAGCCGCCAUGCGUCACCUCACUCCCCACCUUCCCCGAACUCCCACUUCUUCUUGUCGACACGCGCCAGGGACGUUCUACCGCAGUUGAAGUCGCCAAAGUUGGCGCUUUACGGAAAGAAUGGCCUGUAGUCACCGAGUCGAUCCUCGAUGCAAUUGACAAUAUUACCACAUCUGCUGAGAAAGUCAUCCGAGAGCCCACAUCCGACGGCUUGUCCGAGAGCACCCUUCAGCAAUUAGGCACCCUGAUCCGGAUAAACCACGGUUUCCUCGUUUCUCUUGGGGUAUCCCACCCUCGAUUAGAACGAAUCCGCGAGCUCGUGGAUUAUGCCGACAUCGGCUGGACUAAGCUGACCGGCGCCGGCGGCGGUGGGUGUGCAAUCACCCUACUGCGUCCCGACCUCAAGGAUGAUUCCCUUUGCCAGCUAAAGGAUCAACUCCACAACGAGAACUUCGGUAUAUACGAGACCACCCUCGGCGGUGACGGAGUUGGCGUCCUUUGGCCUGCCGUUCUUCGCAACGGGACUGACGAAGAAGGCGGCGAGGAGAUUGACCAGCAGAAGUUCGAAAACGCCGUCGGGACCGAAGGUAUUGAGCGCCUUGUUGGUGUUGGUGUCCAGGAGAAACGCGAGGGAUGGAAGUUCUGGAAGCGAGCUGUUGCCUGA